AAGAAAUGAGAGAUCAAGGUUCUUUUCACAGUCAUCUUCCUACUCACAAUAAUUCCAUCUCACAAAACCCUAACAAAUUCAAUUGAAAAGUUUUUCUCUUUAACCAGUAAAGAAAGAGGAAGAGAGAAUCUCUCUUAGAAGAUGAAGAUCAUUCCUCUGAUUCUAAUGGGUUGUGGAGGAGUUGGUCGUCAACUGCUCCAACACAUUGUCUCAUGCCGUUCUCUUCACUCUACACAGGGACUUUGCUUGAGAGUUGUAGGAGUUGGUGAUAGUAAAUCUUUGGUAGUUGCGGAGGAUUUGUUGCAUAAGGGGUUGGAUGAUAACUUCUUGUUGGAACUUUGCCGGGUCAAGAGUGCUGGGGAAUCUCUAUCAAAACUUCAUGAUUUUGGAAAGUGCCAGGCAUUUAUGCAUCCAGAGUCACAAGGAAAGAUUCUAGACAUUGCAUCUCAACUUGGUAAAAAAACAGGUUUGGUCUUUGUAGAUUGCUCUGCUAGCUUUGACACUAUUACGGUGCUAAAACAGGCAGUUGAUAUGGGUUGUUGUGCUGUUAUGGCUAAUAAGAAGCCUCUUACGUCUACAAUGGAGGAUUUUAAAAAGCUUUUCACAUAUUCACGUCAUAUACGGCAUGAGUCAACUGUAGGCGCUGGUCUUCCAGUGAUAGCAUCCCUGAAUCGCAUAAUCUCUUCUGGUGAUCCCGUUCAUCGCAUUAUUGGAAGUUUGAGUGGGACAUUGGGGUAUGUAAUGAGUGAGGUUGAAGAUGGAAAACCACUGAGCCAAGUUGUUAGAGCUGCUAAAAGUCUGGGUUAUACUGAACCAGAUCCACGUGACGACCUUGGUGGAAUGGAUGUUGCUAGAAAGGCUUUAAUUCUUGCUCGAAUACUUGGUCAUCAGAUUAAUCUGGAUAACCUUCAGAUUGAGAGCUUGUAUCCCAAAGAGAUGGGUCCUGAUGUAAUGACUGUUGAAGACUUCCUUGGUCGUGGACUCUUGUUGCUGGAUAAAGAUAUUCAAGAUAGAGUUGAGAAGGCAGCUUCAAAUGGAAAUGUGCUGCGCUAUGUCUGUGUGAUUGAGGGCUCAAGGUGUGAAGUUGGCAUUCAGGAGCUUCCAAAGAAUUCUCCCUUAGGAAGACUAAGAGGAAGUGAUAACGUGUUGGAAAUAUAUACUCGAUGCUAUUGUGACCAACCACUGGUAAUUCAAGGUGCUGGAGCUGGAAAUGACACUACUGCUGCUGGUGUCCUUGCUGAUAUUGUGGAUAUUCAGGAUUUAUUCCCUUGAGGGAAAGGGUUUUGUGCCUUGAAUUUAAAGAAAGGAAAAGGUGCAGUUGCUUGGAAUGUACCUGAAGUGAUUUAAAAGUUUUGGUUAAAAUAUAUUAUUGGUAUACAUGGUGCCCAUUUUCAAUUUGGUCCUUGCAUGUAUGGCUUUUCAAUUUAGCCCCCAUUAUGUUCAAUUUUAUCGACUUUUUUGCCAAUACAAACACCACAGUGAGAUUGAGUCUAAGUUGUUGCAAAAUAUAAAGACCAAAUUGAAAAUGACUUUUAUGUACAGGGACCAAAAUAUAGCCUUUCUAGUCCUCAUUCAUGUUGUUCAUCUUCAAAUUGAUCCUUGCACUUCACUGUCUUUUUACCUCAAUCUGUGUUAUAAUAAUAAUAACACAGAAGAGAAAAUAUAUUUUAACCAAUAUAUUGAUACAUUGU